CACCCUCUACUCUGUAUAUUUCACUUACUGUAUUAAUUUAUAUUAAUAUAUAUAUGUAUACGUAUCUUCUUCAACCUUCCGUCACUCUCUUCCUUUCACUUUCCAUGUUAGUUUCACUGGGAAAAAGUACAAAAAUUGAGAAACAGUGAUGGAAGGUGUUUCUACGACCGUGUACAAGGGUUUGAGAGGGUACUGGCAGAGGAGGGGCUAUGUUCAGCUAAAUGGUGCUUCGAGAGGAGAAGCACGGCAGAGAAGGGUGGAGCUUGGCGGGUCAUCGAGGCGGAAGCGGUUCUGGAAGAUCAGGGUCAAGGCAAAGCUGAGAUUACCCUCGCCCAAUAAAUUUUUUGUUUGGUUACGCGAUGCGUACGUGAAGAUGAUGCUGGGGUUAGCCAACUCCAGGGUGGUUACCGGAUACGGUGGAGCCAUGGGGGAUCAUGGUAUAUCGGCCUUUGGGAAGCGUCCGAUUAAAGAGUACGACGAGAAGAUACUCGUCGAGAUCUACAAAUCGUUGGUGAUGGCGCAAGGUCAGCUUGUACCGAGUGAAGCGAGGAAGCUUAGCUCUGCCAUCAUUUGUCAACGGUGAAUCGGUGACGGUGUUCAAUCAUUUAAUGUUGUUGUUCUUAGCUUGUGAUUGAAAACCAAUAAAUUGUUCGUUUUGGGCUAACAAACUAAUUAUCUGGGACCAGAAGUGCUGGAAA